AAGACACGUUUCGAUUACAGUAGUAUCGAUAUUUUUAUGCCGCACAAGGUUUUGAAAAUAAGUGUAAAGUGACUUUUACGGUGAAUGUAAAUAACGCCGAUUACUAAAUGUGUGUAAUGUUUCGAGAUUGUCGUCGUCGUCAUCAGCAUAGUACGCCACCUAUUGCAGAUUAUGAAUCACGAGUUAAUUAAGCAACUUGCUCGGAAGCAUGGGUGCUUGGAGAGGGUUCCCAUUGGUUCCUCAGCAAGUAAACCUGCACUGCAGAAACCAGAUCAAAUGUUUGAUUAUGUAAUAGUCAUUGAUUUUGAAUCAACAUGUUGGGACAAUGAGAACAAGUUCAAAUAUCAGCCAGAAGUUAUUGAAUUUCCAGCAGUCUUGCUGAAUACUAAGAGUGGAGCAAUUGAAGAUGAAUUUCAGCAAUAUGUUAUGCCUACCGAGAAUCCUAAACUUUCACGUUUCUGCCGAACUUUUACUGGAAUUAAACAAGAACAAGUUGAUGCAGGAGUGCCUCUUGCAACAUGUUUGCUUCUUUUUUCUCGAUGGAUAAAGAAAAUUACGGAGGAGAAAUCACUUAUUUUCCACAAGAAAGACAGCAUUCAUAAGUCGUGUACAUUUGUAACCUGGUCUGACUGGGAUUUAUCUACAUGUUUAGACAAUGAGUGCAGAAGAAAAAAUUUACUAAAGCCUGAAAUAUUAAAUCAAUGGAUUGAUCUACGUGCUACUUACAAGGCAUUUUACAAGCGUCAGCCUAAGGGUUUGAAUGGCGCAAUGUCGGAAGUUGGGCUACAAUUUAAAGGGCGCCAACAUUCUGGUAUUUCUGAUGCCCGGAAUACUGCUGCACUUGUGCACCACUUGGUUAAAGAUGGGGCAAUCCUGAGUAUUACUAAAGUUCUUCAAGCAACCCUGCAUACUAAUUAUAAGAGUGUCCUUACAGACAGCGAUGUACAAACAAAGUAUUCCAUACAUGAUUCAGUGACAAGGAAAGGAAUGGUUCCACAUCAUCAGAGUGAUACACCUGUUUCAUCACGGCAGAGAAAAAUAUCAGAUUAUCAAGGAACAGUGGGGAAAAUGGUGAAAGGUUCUUUGUGGCACAACAUGACUUUAGCUAAAGGAAAUACAAAUUCAAGGAACCAAGUCAUAUUAAAGAACUGUACCAUGUUGGGGGAGCGUACUCCUCUUCAAGUUAUAAAUCGUCCUGCAUCUGACAGAACACAAUCUCCCAAGCAAAAACCGGGUGUAAGCAACAGGGCAACACCACCUUUAUGUAACUGUGGCAGAAGAGCAUUACGCAAGAUAGUGUCAAUGCUUGGACCCAAUCAGGGCCGUUCUUUCUUCAUUUGCUCUCACAGAAGAACACUUGGUACAACUCGAAAAUCUGGUUGUGAUUAUUUCAAAUGGGUACAAUGAUUUUUGCUUAAGGCAAGUGUCCACUAAUUAAUAACUUCUGCAAGUGCUUGCUGAGGUGUUUACAUUAGAACAAAAACUUGUGCAAUUUUACUACUGCAGCUUCAAGUUAAUUUCAGAAACUUGCAGAAGUGUUCAAAAAACAGAGGAGCUGUCACCGUUGUUGUUAAAAAAAUCAUUACAAGACAAUGAUCUAGAAACAUUGACGAAUUCACUCAGAUCAGGGAAUGUUGUAUCCCAGCUCUUGUCUAUUGGAGGCAACAAAACAUAAAACAGGAUUAAAAAUGUGGCAAGGUGUAUCAUUAGAGAUGACCUUUUAAUUACUCUUCAAUUUUUGCAAGCAGUAUUUAUUGUAACUGUUGUUAUUAAAUGUUAUUGUGAACAAACGGCUAAAAUUUAAAAACACCGGUACUCCCAUUCUGGUGAAAUAAAGUAAAUGCCACUCAUGGAUUAGGCUUUCUUGUGUGAGCUGAUGUGGCUAGUGGAUCCACACCUUUAUUGUAAUUCGCUUUAGACUGUUACAAAAGUGCAUUUUUUGUUUUGGAAUUCAUAACAAAAACACUUGUGGCAUGCUAAAAUAAAAUGUGCAACAUAUUCUGUUUUAAUUCAAAAGAAGCCACAACACCCCGUGUCAUACAUAAAACCUGUGAGUCAGCACUUUGUCACUUUUUAUGCUGGGAAAAGUGUAAAUAGUAUCAAAAGGAGAAUUCAUUUCAGGAAACUGAAAUUACAAGGAGACAAAAUGGAUGGCCAGUACUACCAAUACAAGCAGAUACAUUAUUUGUAAGUUUACUUUCCUUCUUAGGUGGUUUCAAAGGUUAGGAUCCAUGUUUUUUCUGGUUUUAAAUGAAUGUAUUGUCAGUGCUGGAAAUUAAUCUCCUGGAGGUAAGUACUGUCCUACCAAUUCUGUUUCCUUGUAAGUUUAGAAAAAUGUACAUAUCAUGUAAAUACUUUAAUAGAAAUAAUAAAAUAUGAAUUUAUUUAAAGCAGUGGUCAGUUACCAUCUGUGUUUCAUUUUCUUUCUUCAAAAGCUAGUAAUACACAUUCUAAUUUGCCACAUUGAUGUUAUUUAUCAUAGAAUAACAAUUUAAUAUGGAAUUCGGGCUACUUAUGGUUGUACAUUUAAGCUGUAAAUUAAAAAAGUGAUUAAAACAAUUAUUUGUAUUUUUGUUAACAUUCAAUAAAUUUAAAGAUCUGUGGACCAAUGAAACAGUCUUGACCUAUCACCUCUCCUCCAAAGUUUAACUGAAAAAAUGUUUAAUAUAAUAUACUAGUUCAAAUGAAGUCUUAAUGUACUAUAA